AUGGAAGGUGGCCGGGUGCUUAUGGUUCUUCUCCUGUGGCUCUUGGUCGGCCUCGCCGGCUCCAGCCCUCCACCGGAGCCAGUGGUCUGUGACUAUGCCUAUGGCAGUGGCACGUCCGGCUGCACCGUCUCCAACGCCUACGGCUCCUUCCCGGACCGCACCGCCUGCCGCGCGGCCGACGCCACCUUCCCGCGCACCGAGGAGGAGCUCGUCGCGGCCGUGGCAGCCGCGGCGGCUGCCAAGCGCAAGGUGAAGGUGGCCACCAAGCACUCCCACAGCUUCCCCAAGCUGGCCUGCCCCGGCGGCAACGACGGCGCCAUCAUCAGCACGGCCCGGCUCAACAGGACAGUGAGCGUCGACGCCGCCAAGAGGCUGAUGACGGUGGAGAGCGGCAUGGUGCUCAGGGACCUCAUCCAGGCGGCCGCCGCGAAAGGGCUCGCGCUGCCGCACUCGCCGUACUGGUCGGGGCUCACCGUCGGGGGCCUGCUGGCCACGGGCGCGCACGGCAGUUCGCUCAAGGGUAAGGGCGGCGCCGUGCACGAGUACGUGGUCGGGAUGAGGAUCGUCACGCCGGCGCCCGCCAGCCAAGGGUUCGCGGUGGUACGGGAGCUCGGUGCCCGCGAUCCUGACCUGGACGCGGCCAAGGUCUCCCUCGGCGUCCUUGGCGUCGUUUCCCAGGUUACGCUGGCCUUGGAGCCCAUGUUCAAGCGGUCAGUGACGUUUGUGACGUGCGACGACUCGGACCUAGCGGAGCAGGCCACCAAGUGGGGCAACCUCCAUGAAUUCGGCGACAUGGCGUGGCUGCCCGAGCAGCGCAAGGUGAUUUACCGCAAGGAUGACCGUGUGGACAUCACGUCGCCGGGUGAUGGCCUCAAUGACUACAUAGCCUUCCGCUCCAACCCAACGGCCGCGCUCAUCGCCGCUAGAGUCAUGGAGGAUCUUCUUGAGAAGAACGCCAGCGCCAUCGCCCGGUGCAAGGCGGCACACAAGAUGGUAUCAUCGUUUGAGACGGUGGCAUACGGCUUCACCAACGACGGUCACUUGUUCACGGGGUACCCGGUGGUGGGGUUCCAGCACCGCAUCCAAGCGUCUGGCGCGUGUGUCAACAGCCCAGAAGACAUGCUCCUUACCUCGUGCCCGUGGGACCCACGCACUCGGGGACUCCACUUCUACUCCAAUGCAUAUAGCAUCGCACUCUUGAGGGUGUCAGCGUUCAUUGCCGACAUGAAGCAGCUCCGCGAGCGCAACCCACUGGCCUUCUGCGGAAUCGACGCCAAAGUGGGUAUGCUCCUCCGCUACGUGAAGGCAUCUUCCGCCUAUCUCGGCAAGUCGGAAGACUCGAUCGACUUUGAUAUAACAUACUAUCGGAGUUACACCAGAGGCGAGCCCAGCCCGCAUUCUGACGUGAUGGACGAGCUUCAACAGAUGGCGCUACGCAAGUACAGAGCCAUCCCUCACUGGGGCAAGAACCGCAACUUUGCCUUUGAAGGCGCCAUUGACAAGUACCCCAAGGCCGACAAGUUCCUGGAGGUAAAGAGCAGGUACGACGCCGAUGGGAUUUUCUCUAGCGAAUGGAGUGACCAGGUUCUCGGAAUCAGUGGGAGCCCAAUCAUUGCCGGGAAGGGUUGCGCAAUUGAGGGGCUUUGCGUCUGCUCCGAGCACUUGCAUUGUGCACCUGAGCAGGGCUACUACUGCCGCCCGGGGAAGGUGUACACGGAGGCAAGGGUCUGCUCGUUCCAACCCAACUGA